AUGUUGUGUGCUGUUCACGUAGGGAUGUGCGGCCUCGUUUCCAAUGCUUUUUGUGCCCGUUGAGAUUACGGGGUGAUACUUAAUCUCUCUUCUUCUGCGGAUUAUCGACCCAUAAUGCACAUUUUUGUGUUGCUCGCGUUUUUGGUUUCUCGAGUUGUUGCGUCGUCGGAUAUAAAGUUUAUUCGUGCUGAUAACUACGAGUUGGACCGGUCUCUUCUUGCUGCUCAGGUUGGUGGCCUCGUCGCGGCAUACGUCGGGUUCGUUGUGAUUACUCUCUCUUUAUUGCUCUUCGUGGGGAGACGUCUACGACGGACGGUGCACGCAUCGAACUAUACGCUACAAGUGGAAAUGAUGAAGCCGUUCAAACCUCCUUCCACCGUGGACCCUAGUCCUGUUACACCUAUCUCGCCCAGUCUGCCCAGUCCAAACCGGCCAAAUGGUUUCGAUCGAUCGUGGAGUAACCUUGACAGAAGUGCUAGGACACUUGAUCAUCCAUCCAACAAUGGCAGUGUGGCCACCAUUGAUGAAACAGUGGUCGCAACCGAUCGACGCCGGGCACAAGAACAAAUGGAGAUGCUGUAUGCUGCCGUGAUGGAAUAUGAUGAACAGAAGGAACAUACCAAGGAAAGCGGCAGUUGUAGCGGUGGUCACAGUCAUAACUACAGCCUGCAAUCACAGGAGAGUGUAGUGACUAACCCGUUCACGGAUCAUUCAUCGCGGGUCCUUGAAGAACCCUCCCAGGCAAAUGAAUUACCUACCAGUCCGCGAUCGAGCAAUUCUCGACUAUCACGGAGGCUUUCGUCGCUGUCUCUUUUUAGCUCGAACACACGUACAUCUGUGGGCUCGGGCAAGAUCCGCUCGCCACGGCUUCCUCUUCGGAAACUGUCCAUCUCGUCUCCUUUGGCAUCACCAGAUCCCACGACAAACACGUCGUAUGGCGAGGAUCAGCCGCCGCUGACGCCCCGUCUAUACAACCCGCCACCUCCCCCAGCACCUCCGAUCCAUGUCUCAGCUCCUCCAGCGAAAUCGACAGGCAUGAGACGAACACCAGCACCCCCUCCGCUGAGUCUAUCGGCUGCGGGCCAUGCAGCAUACUCAGCACGUCAUGCGGGACCAUCGCAGGGAAGUCUACCGUUCCGGGAUGCCUAUGGUCUGCAAAGCGCCCCGCCCACCAAGACAACGAUCCUAGAACGUCCCGCGAAACAAAUGAAUGGACCUAGGACCGGGAUGCCGACUCCGUACAGUCCGUACAUGCCAUUCACACCAGUCACGCCGUUGACGCCCAGUCGGAUAGUGACGAAGCGAGAGCGGAAACGAGAAGGCAAGGAGAGUGGACUACAUGUUCUGAAUGAGGACGAUAUAGUCAAGGAUGAUGGUGACAUGUGGGGGUAUUAAUCCUGCCAUACAGUUGUUUUGUUUUAUCACGUUUUUAUAUAUCCUGGUGUUAUGGAGGUUGACAUUUUGUUCUUAUUGAUUCCCCGGCAUGCAAGCGUCUUCCAAUCGGAGUUUUCUUACCUGCAUAUUGCAUCUAUGUUCCUGUAGAUACUCUCUUGUAUAUAAACCCCAUUACUAUCUAAGGGUCUUUGUAGGCAACGAGUACUGUGGUCCGCCAAGGCUUGUCUGUCGUCAUAAGCAGCUUCAACCGCCGUCUUCGUCGCUGUUUCUCG